GACUGACUUCGCUUUUACUCCACCUAAGUUUGUCCCUCCGCCGUCCCGUCAGAAUCUCUUCCGGUUGCAGCUGCAGUGCGUUAGCGGUUUCUGUGAAGGUCGUGAAUCCAACCUGUGAUUCAUCAUGUCUCUGCCAAAGCCAAUGAUGAGGGGGCUGCUUGCAAAGCGACUGAGGUUUCACCUGCCCAUUGCUUUCACUCUGGCUUUAACAGCUGCCAUUGCAUUCAAGUACACGGUGACAGAGCCCAAGAAACAGGCGUACGCAGACUUCUACAAGCAGUACGAUGCCGUCAAAGAGUUCAACGCCAUGAGGGAAGCUGGGAUCUUUGAGAGUGUGCAGCCCACUGGGAAAUAAAGCCACGCUCUGCUUCCCUGUUGUUCAUUCCUGGUCUAAAAGAUGGUUCCUCUCCACCUCCACCUUGACGUUACCUACUGAUCAGAUGUAAACGUCGCUUUGCUGUUUUUGUUCAUUCAAAUAAAAUAAACUAUUCUAUUAAUGAUCAAA